AUGCCGCGCCCCAAGAAGCCUGACCAGGAUGGCAAGGAGGUCAAGAAACGGUCAAGGAAUGGCUGCUGGCCUUGUAAAUCCCGCAAAGUCAAAUGUGGAGAAGAGAAACCCAGUUGUGCCAACUGUCAGCGACAAGGCGAGGCUUGCGAUUACAGCAUACGCUUGAACUGGGAUGGACGGACCAAAAGAAAAGAGGAUGGCAAGCCGGGCACUCCUCAAAUUAUCUCUUUCGGAGGCUCUCCACCUCAACCUUCACCGCAGUCUGAUUUCAACGGCUAUUCCAACGGCAUGCACAGCAAUGGACCGAGCCCACAGAUUCUUGGUCCUUCACCAUCUCUUAUGCAUCUCCAGCCCGUCAGCGUGAGCCAUUACCAGCCCGAUCAAACCCCGCCAGAGACUGCGCUGCCUUCACUUCACAAUUACGACUCCCACGUCCCCGUACCGGCGCCUGAAUUCAAUCCUACUAUACUCCCUCCACCACCACCUAUACUGAGAACUCCGCAGUGGGGCGAAAGCGCCAGCACCAGCAACCUUGCGGAGACGACCGCCGUCUCGUCGUUGAGACAUACUCUCUCCCUUCCUUCAUAUCCAUCUCCCUCCGACACAGGUUUCGGAAGCCCAAGUCCCAACAAUGGCAUGUUUGCCUUUAAUGGGAGCAUGCACAUGCCUCCCCCGAUGCCCACGUCAAAUCCCAUGAGCUAUCAAGAAACCGCUGCCUCUCCAUACAAUGGCGCAAAGAGAAUGAGAUUGAGCCCACGCACAGAUAGCUUUGGGAGGACUCAAACCUAUCAGAGGGCUGGGUCAUAUGGUCCGAAUGAUGUCGAUGAGCCGCCCAGGGUCCAAUUCAAUCCCAACACUCCCACCUUCUUCCCGUCGUAUUUAAGCAAUCCGUUGACCCCCGCGACUUCGUCCACUUCACACAUCUCCCAAGAUAAUGAGGAUCGUCGCAUUUCUGUCAGCUCCCUGCUAUCUGAAGAUCCCGAGCCUGAUGAUGUUGUUCUACCUCUCCAGAAUGAACAAAAUGUCUACACAGAAGAAGAGAUUCCACGACGCGGUUCGCUCCAUCAGAGGAUGAUAUCUUACACGGCAACUGAGACAUAUGGACAAGAUCGCGGUAAUGUCGACCUGGACAUUCCGCGAAACAAUGAUACAAUGGCCAUAUCCGGCAUGUCUCCCUCGGAACACAGUGAUUUUGAAGCCUGGCUGAAUGAUGCUGACCUCGGUGUGCCCGAAUUUGGAUUUGGCCUCAGUAGUCGUGAAACCGUCUUCCAGAAAGGUGGCUAUUAUGCGUCCCCGGUACAGAUCAAGAUUCCACGGAAACUGGAACCUCUCCCCCGGACUCUUUCUGAAAACCCCAUGAAUUUACUCUACUUUCACCAUUUUCUCAACCACACAGCGAGGAUUCUCGUCCCCCACGACUGUCCGGAAAAUCCCUUCAAGACGAUCCUGCCGAAAAUGGCUGUGGAGAAUCCAAAUCUUCUGAAUCUACUCCUGGCUUACUCCGCCUGCCAUCGCGCUCGGCUUUUGAAUCAUCGUGAACCUGUUAAUCGAAUCGCAGUAUGGGUCCGCGAUGUAUUUCCAUCCUUGAGGCAGACGCUGGACAAUGUCUCCAACACACAGGUCUCAAACGCAAACUUGGCGACCGCGAUCAUGCUUGCUUCGAUCGAGAUAAUAUCCCCAUCCAGUUUUGGGGUCUCAAUUCCGUGGCAAAAUCAUCUGAGUAUUGCGCGAAGCAUUAUUCGGAGUCGAGGUGGUCCUCAUUCUAUCUCAAGGAAAGAUCCAGUCAUGUACUUUUUGACAAGGUGGUUAGCAUAUCUUGAUGUGCUUGGCUCCUUGUCAGGACGAAGAAACGAGGAGCCUCUUUUCGUUGGCAAUUACUGGUCAAGUUCACAUGACGAGAGUACGUCGGCAAAAGAAUUGUCCUUGACCGAUGAAGACGGUGAUGAUGAGGACGAUUUUACCAUUGAUUGUUUACUCGGGUUCACCACGAGAUGUGUCUCUAUCCUUGCCCAGGUUGCGGUUCUGGCACGGGAAUGUGAAGCGAAUCGCAUAGAUGCGGAGACUGGGCAGAUAAAUGAGGACUGGCGACCAUCACCCGCCGUUGCGAAACGUGCCGAAAAGCUCCGCAAAGAUCUGGAGGAUGCACGAAAUCAUGAACAAAUAUCAUGUCUGCAUCAUAGUCCUCACCUUGAAAAGGCAACGCUAGCUGGGGCUCGUCGUGGCUCUGCAUAUGCAGACAUGUCAGAAAAGGAUGCAGAAGAAUCACUCGCCACCAAUUCGGCUUUUCAUUGGGCAGGGAUGGUACACCUUUUGCGUCGAGUGGAUAACUUACCACGCAGUGAUAGCAAAGUGCAAGUCGCAGUACAUGAAAUUGUCAAGAUAUUGCAGACCAUUCGUGAAGGCGGGAGUGCAGAAGCAUGUCUGCUGUUUCCCAUGUUCACCGCUGGGGUCGAGGCAGAAGAUCCACUUGAUCGCGCCGAAGUUCUGAGCCGGAUCAAAGGCGCCGAGGGACUUGGUAUGUGUCAAGUAAGUCGAGCAAGAAAAAUAAUGGAGGAAGUCUGGAGGACAGGCAUCAGCUGGGAAAGCUUGGUGACUGGGGAAUUUUUUGGUUGA